AUGCGAAAUUGUCACCGGUACGGCGCGCGCGCAUGCGAUAUUAUCCGUCUCAGAGAUCGCGCACAGAUGGCGCGUAGCGCGAAAAACACGCGUACGCGCACUGGUUUUCACAAUGCCACUGUUUCCCGCGAGCGGCUGCUCGAUGGUCGGAGUCAAUUAGCCGCUGCGACCUCCGCACCACUCGCUGUUCGUAACAACAACGUCGCCACCGGCAAACACCCGCCGCGAAUAGCUACAAUGAGAUCAACCGAUCUAACAUUUGCAUAA